AUGGGUGAUCAUAUGACACAGUCGGGUGAUGAAUACGCGCCGUUUUCCCGGCUGAUACUCGAUCUCCGUGGCGUAUGCUUCGUCAUUGAUCGCGAAACGCUCAUGAGUCUCCCUGAAUCCAUUUUGCUGUGUCUGUUUCCGAACGGUCUCUUACUCCCUGAUGUGGGAGACACAACAGGUGAUAUGAGCGAGGAAAAGCAGGUGAUUUAUGUGGACGCCGAUGCACAAUGCUUGCAGUUUGUUCUUUCUUUUUUCCGCCAGGCCCAGGAAUACUUUUAUGGGACAGAGACUGUGCCGGGCGUAUACCAAGGUACAGGCCUCAGUGCUAACUACAUGGACUUUGGCGAUCCGUUGGGGGGUGGGAUGGCCAAUGGUUUCGGUCAGCCAUUCUACCUGCCGCUCUUCCAUAAGCAAGCCGUCAUUGUGCUACGGGAAGAGCUUGAGUACUUUGCACUUCCUCCCAAAAGCAUGGCACGCACAGCAGCCAUACCUAAUGCGUCGCCCAAUGUACCGCCGAAUGCAUCAGCGGAAUUCACGCAACUUAAAGAGGGUUGUGGUGAGGCACUCUUGCAUCGCCAGCAGAUUUUCACGGCGUUGCAGCGCAAUGUCAACAAAGAAAACAACGUGGCUGAGCAGCAUUUGAUUGAUAUGCUGUGUAUGAGUGGCUUUGAGGCGGAAGAUAUGUGGGGCUAUCGCGCUCGGGAGCCUGCGCGAUGUGGUAUUACAAGUACGGCGAUGGUACUCCUAAAGACCGGCGUUACACACCCAGGCGAACUGCCAGAGGGUCGUCAAGCCAAUAUACCAUGGCCACGCAAGCCGAUUGGUGUGCAUCGUGCCGGCAUUAUGAUGGAGCGAGGUCUCCCUGCGACGCCCGCGGAAGCAGAGGAGCUUGGCGAAUGGAUGGACGAUGGCCAGGGUGGCUCCCUACGGGUGAACCAGGCACAGCUGGCUACGACGCAAAAGCUCCUUUUGUUCUGGCGGAAACCGGCGCGCAAAUGCUGGUGGGAUGGCAUUCACGUUGUGGUCCCUACGCCGCAGCCUCAAUCAGAGCGUGAGGCAGCCCCGCCAAGUCUGCUCGCCACGAUGUCGCCCCAAGAACGCGCAUGGUUGGAACAGGGCAAGGGCCGUAUUGUGCGUGUCUGGGUCCGGCGUGUAUGGACGCUGGAAGUCAGCUUGAUCUGA